AUGUUAUUUCCAUCUUUUCUAUGUUCUGUCCUCUCUCAACAUCCUUAUCUUUGUGCUGCGAGUGCCCUAUUAGUGGCUUCGUAUGCUUCUCUUCGGUAUUUUGUGAUCAAUGGAGUCAGUACGAAUGGUGAAGAACAAAAUUUGAAUGGAAAAAUAUUUAUUGUGACUGGGGCAACCAGUGGUAUUGGAAGUUAUACGGCACAAGUGUUAUACCGACAAGGUGGAAAAGUCUAUCUCGCAUGUCGAUCUGAAGAGAAAGCUCUCGAAAUGAUUCGUACCAUUCGAGAGAAGGUCCAAAAGGAUCAAUCUCUGAGUGGUGUUGGCUCUCUUCACUUUUUACAUUUAGAUUUGAAUGAUCUCGAGAGUGUUCGGGAGUGUGCAAAAGAAUUUCUCAAAACAGGUGACACUCUCGAUUGUUUAAUUAAUAAUGCUGGUUGCGUCACAAAUAGCAUUCGUUACACAAAACAAGGAUACGAAGAAAUGAUGCAAGCUAAUGUGUUGGGUCAUCACUUGUUGAUUGAAUUGCUGUGGCAAAAUAUGGAGAAAAAUCCACGUGGAUCACGAAUUGUAAUUGUGGCAUCGAUGGCUCACAUGUUUGUGAGUGAUCGCGAUUUUUGGAAUGAACAAACAAAAACUUAUUCCUUGUUGAAUCAUGUGAAGAAACCAGUGACCAAGUUUUCGAGUAUUGAGUACAUUGAUGUAAACAAACAAUAUGGACUCACAAAAUUGUGUAAUAUUUAUCAAGUGUUUAAUAUUCAUGAGCAGAGAAUUAAGAAUAAUCCUAAUUGUAAGAUUACCAUUAAUUGUUGCCAUCCAGGAGCCAUUCGAUCAGGAUUGGUUCGAGAGGCUCCUUUCUACAUGACCAUCAUUCUUGGACUCAUGCAAUUACUCUUCUUCAAGAAUGUGAAACAAGGUUCCCAAAACACUCUUCACUUGGCUUGCUCACCUGAUGUGCAAGGUAAAAGUGGAGCCUAUUAUGAUGAUUGUCGUGUUACUGAGCCAAGACCAGUUGCUGGAAAUAAGGUUCUUAGAGAGGAAUUUGCUCGAUUGUGUGAGGAGGUGUGUCAACCUUAUUUGUCAUGA